AUGGAAAAUUUUUUAAAGGAAAAUAAUGCUAAUGACAUACCAAAAAAUGAGACGAAAAAAAAUAUUGGAAACAAAAAUAUAAAAAAUAAUGUUAACAAUUUGAGUUUAAAUGAAAAUAAAGAUUUAAACGUUUUAGUUGAAAAAAAAAAUAUAACUGAUGAAAAUAAUAUCGUAAAGAAAAAUAAAACAAUAAAUGAACAAAAAAGUAAUAUAUUAAAAACUAAAGAUUUAUCAUUAAGCAUGAAUUCAAAUAUGAAAUCCAGUGAAUAUAAUAAUAUGCAAUUUAAAACAAAACCCAGUAAUAAUAUAAUAAACAAAAAAAAAAAUAAGGAAGAAUUAAAAAUAGGAAAGAAAAAAGUAAAUGAAUUACAAGAAAAGUUAGUUAAUAAAUAUAAUAAUAUAAAUAAAGACACUUUAUCAAAAAUGAGUAAUAAAGAAAGUGAAAUUAUGCAGAAAGAUAAAGAAAACUCUGUUAAUAUUAUAAACCAUGAAACUGAAAAAGAUAAUAAACAAAUAAUUUUAGAAUUAAAAAAUACUUUGAACAUAAAUGACAAUUUAAAUUCUUCAAAUCAAAUUGAUGGAUUAACCUCAGAUGAAGUAAAAAUUUUAGACAAUUGGUAUUUUGCAAAUAAGUUAAAAAUUAUAACAUGUUUAUUUGAAGAUAAACCGUUAAAUAUAAAUUUAUUAAAUUCAUUAUACUCUAUUCAUCCAUAUUUUAAAAAUAAUAAAAGUAAAAUAAUAAUUUAUUUAAAAUCUGUGAAAAAGAAACAUGAAAAUUCAUUAAAACAAGCUAAGAAAAAUGAAAAAGAAGAAAAAGAAAAAAAUAUAGGUUUAAAUUGCAAAAAUGUAAUUUUAAACUUAUUAGAAAAUAAUAUUGAAAAUUUAGUACAAAAAGAAUAUAUGACAAAAUUGAUUACACUAAUAAAAAAUGAAAAUAAUUAUGUAAACUUAAAACAUUAUUUCAAUUUUCUUUUAACUUCUCAAAUUAACAUGUACGAUAUUUUCUUAGAACAAAAUGGACUCUUAUGUGUUAAGUGUAUUUUACAGAGGAUAGCUAAAAAUAAACUUAUAAAAAAAAGUACAGUUUUAUUAAUUCACAUUCUAAAUUUUUUAAAAAAAUUAAAUAUAACCUUUGAUCACUUAAAAUAUACAUUAAUUGGAAUCCCAAUUAAUUUUAUUGCAAGAAAUAAAUUAGAUGAACAAAAUGACAUGGAUUAUAGGUCAGAUAACCAAACAGUUAUAAGUAUUGCAAAAGAGUUAAUAAACAAAUGGAAACUAAUAAGGGAUAAAACAUUAAAUAGUAAAGAUGGGAACCAUGUAAAUAAAAAUGUAAGAAAAAAUAUAAUCAACCAAGUAGAAAACAAAAUAGAAAAAAGUGAAAAUAAUUUAGAGAAAGAUAAUAAAAGUGGAGUAAGUAGUGUCUCUUAUGAAAAAAAAAGUAAGAAUGAAAUUAUUCUUAAGAAUAUUAGUAACGAUAAUAAUAUAAAUGAAAAUAAUAACAAAAUUAAUAAUAUAAACCUAUUUAAAAAUACUACAAAUAGUACGAACAACUCCCAAUUAUCUUCAAAUUAUACAAAAAAUAUUAUUGGAAAUAAUAAAAAAUUAGUAAAUGAAGAUAAAGAAAAAUCUAAAAAUAAAAAUUCAUCUAAAUGUGCUGAGAGUAAAAAUAUUAUGUUAGAAAUAAUAGACACUUUAAAUGAAGAAUAUGAAAAAAAAAAAAAAAGGCAUUUGGAAUAUAAAAAAGCUAAAAUUGAAGGAAAAAUAAAAAGAUUUAGUGCAUUAAAAAAUAAUUCAGAAAAUAACAAAAAUGAUAAUUUAUUAGUAGAUUUAAAGAAUAUUUCUAAACUGGAUUUUGAUAAUGCCUUGAAUAAAAAAAUAAAAAUAAAAGAUAUAGAAGGUAUAAAUAAUAAUUUUGGUGAUCCAAAAAAUAAUAUUCAAAAUUAUAAUUAUAAAAUUAAUAAAACUUCAAACAAUAAUAUACCAUUUGAUAAUUAUAAAAUGAAGGAAAAUUAUGCUGUUAAUCAUAAUUUACAAAAUCAAAAUCCACAUGAAUUUUCAAAAGAAUCCUACAAAAAUAUUUUACAUCAUCAUAGUUUUAAUAGAAAUAAACAAUCUCAAGUAAAUAUAAAAGAUAAAGAAAACUUAGUGGACUCUCGUAUAUAUUUAAAUAAAUAUAAUACAUAUGAUAUAGAUACUAUGAAUAGUAAUUAUAUUAGUAAUUCAAUUAAUAAAAAUAUAAUGAAAAAUAAUAUAAAUAGUGUAAAAAAUAAAAAUGAUAAUGAAAAUAAUUAUAAGAGAAAUGAAAUAAAUAAUAAUUCUAAUAUGAAUAAUGUUAAUAAUAUUAACUAUUUAAAUAAACAAAUAUUUUCAAAUUCUGCAUAUUAUAAUAUUCAAGAUAAACAUAUAAAUCCAGAUUACAAAGUAAAAUCAGAUGGAACAACACCACCUAAUAAUAUUUUCAGAAAAUCAUUAAAUGAAAACUUCAAUAAUUUUUCUGUGAGCAAAAAUGAAAACACAACAAAAAAUAAUAUAGAUGAAAAUAAUUAUAAUUUUAUGAAAGAUAAUAUUUAUGAUCCAUUAAAAUUCAUUAAUAAAAAUUCAAAUAAAUAUUCUUAUAAUAAAUCAUUUGAAUGUGAUAAUUUACAAGAAACAAAUAAAAUAAAUACAAAAAAUUUAUUUAAAGAUCCUUUUGAAUAUUAUUCUAGUAAUCAACAUGAUACAAAUGAAGUGAAUCAAACAGAUCUAAAAACUAUCACAAACAAAGUUAAUGAUAGUAAUAAAAAUAAUAUUUCCGUUAAUAAUAAUACAUAUAAUAUGUACAUUUCAAAUAAUUAUUUAAAUUAUAUGCAAAAUGAUUUAAACUUAAGUAUGUAUAACAAUCCUCUAAAUUUAUUAAAUUAUGAAAAUACAUUGCAAAAUAAAGAAAAUAGUUCAUUUUUCUGCAGCUCAAAUUUAAAUGAAAGUAGCAAAAAAAAUAACCCAAAUAUAUUUAAUAAUUUAUCAAAUGAUAUUGUAAAUGUAAAUGAAAAAAAUAUAAAUUACAAUAAUAUUUAUAAUAACAUGUAUUCUAAUAAUAAUUUAUCAAAUUCGUUAGAUAAAAAUGCAACACAAGUAGAUAUUAACGACAAUACUCAUAUUAAUAGUCCACCAGGAUUAAUAAAACAAGUAGAACCCAUAGAAAAGGGAACGUGUUUAAAUAUUGUUGAUACGAAUCCUACUAAUGACAAUUUAUUAUAUAAUACUAGUGAAAACAAUUAUAGUAAUAUGAAAGAAGAUAAAGUAAACAGAAGUGAACAUAUUAGAAUUUGUGGAAACAAUUCUUCCAGCUUAUAUAAUUCAAAUUUAAAUAAUUCUAACAUAGAACGUAAUGAGUUAACUGAUAAUCAUAUAUACGAUAUUAAUAAUAAUUUAGUUGAAACAAAAAAUCAGGAAGUACACGAAGAGAAUACUAAAACAGAUUAUUAUAACUUUGAAAAUAAUUUAAGUACUUCAAAUUAUCUUUCGAAUGAAUGCUAUAAAUUAAAUUCUAAAGAUGUUCAAAUUAUUAAUAAUAAUCUAAAAGAUAUUUCUAAAAAUAGUAAUACAAAUGGAAAUGAAAAAAAUAAUAAUAAAAUACAUUUAGAAAACAAAGAUAAUAUUUACAACCAAUACAACCAAAAAAUUGAUGAAUUUAAUAAUGUAAAUAUGAAAUCAAAUUAUGAACUUUUAGAUACUAAAGGAAUGUUGGAAAAAUCACUUAAUGAAAUUUUUAAAAACUUUAAAAAUCUUGAAGAUAUAAAAGUAACUUAUAAAAUAUCCAUAAAAGAUAAUUGUUACCCUUCAAAAAUUUAUGAUGAUAUUGAAGUACUAAAAAAUGAUUUAAUUAUAAAUUUCAAUUAUGAUAAAUCAGAAACUGUAUAUGUUUAUUUAAAGAGCAAUUUAUCAAAUGUAGAAAAAAAAAGUAACUUAGAAAGAAUGAAGAUAUAUAAUAAUUCACCUCAUGAAUUGGAUGAUGCAUAUAACAAUUUAAGAAAUACAGAAGAUAUUAAUGAAAUAUGUAAUAUAAAUAAUAUAAGCAAUGUAAAUAAUAUAAAUAAUAUAAGCAAUGUAAAUAAUUUAAAUAAUAUAAGUAAUGUAAAUAAUUUAAAUAAUAUAAGUAAUGUAAAUAAUUUAAAUAAUAUUGAUAAUUUAAAUAAUAAUUUUAAUAUUUUACCUCUACCUGAAUUAUUUAAUCCACCAAAUUUGAACGAAUUGAAGUUUCCUUUUAUACCUAUUAUUUCAAAUUUGCCAUCUUCACCAAAAAUUAUGCCUCCAAUGUUAUUUCCUUAUAAUAGUGCUAAUGAAUACAAAGAACAAUCAAUUAACAACAUAACUAGUACACCUAACACUACUAUGAACUCUGCUUUUUCUUCAAAUAAUAAAUUGUAUAGGUCUUUUGAUGAAUUUAUUAAAAUUUUUGAUGAGGAUAUUCAAAAAAUUUUAUUAAAAAAUAGAGAUUUGGCUAAUUUAUUAAUGAAUAAACCAAAUGUUGUAAACAAAAUGUUAAAAGGCCCACAACACAUUAACGAGGCUUUAUCCUCGUUAGAAGAAGAAUUAAAAAGUUGGAAUAAAUCAAAUUUAAAUUCUUAA